AACUCACAACCCUUCACAAUGGCUCAUAGACUUGGUGGCCGCAGAAAGAACGUCAAGAAGGGAUUCCAGUUUACCUUUAUGGUUGUCGGCACUUCUGGUACUGGGCGUACAACCUUUGUCAAUACUCUGUGCGAUUCCAACGUUCUGCCAAACAAGAUCUGUGACAAUCCUGAAGAUGCUCAUAUUGAAGAAGGCAUUAACAUCAAGCCGAUCUCAGUUGACCUUGAUGAAGAUGGGGUAAGAAUCUCCUUGACUAUUGUCGACACACCUGGAUUUGGUGACAAUAUCGAUAAUGAACGAUGCUUCCAUGAGAUCGUCGCUUAUCUCGAGCGACAAUACGAUGACAUAUUGGCCGAAGAGUCUCGGAUCAAGCGUAAUGCUAGAUUCCGUGACAACCGUGUCCAUGCUCUUCUGUAUUUUAUCUCUCCAACCGGUCACGCUCUACGUGAGAUUGACAUUGAAUUGAUGCGUCGUCUGAGUCCGCGUGUCAAUGUAAUCCCAGUCGUAGGCCGCGCAGAUUCACUCACACCUCAGGAGCUCAAGGAUUUUAAAAGAAGAAUAAUGGAAGAUAUUGAACAUUACAGCAUUCCAAUCUACAACUUCCCCUAUGAUGUUGAGGAAGAUGAUGAAGACACUGUUGAAGAAAACAGCGAGUUGAGAGCUCUCUUGCCCUUUGCUAUCAUUGGGAGCGAUGAAGAAAUAAAUGUCAAUGGCCGCAUUGUCCGUGGACGCCAGUACCCAUGGGGUGCUGUAGAAGUCGACAACCCCAAACAUUCUGAUUUUGGUAGAUUGAGAUCUGCUCUGUUGAGCUCACACCUCCAGGAUCUUAAAGAAAUCACACACGACUUCUUAUAUGAAAAUUACCGUACUGAGAAACUCAGUCGUACAGUGAGCGGCGGUGACCAAGAAGAUGCUUCAUUGAAUGCUGAGGAUAUGGCCAGCCAGAGUGUAAGGCUGAAGGAGGAACAAUUGAAGAAGGAAGAAGAAAAGCUCCGUGAGAUCGAAUUGAAGGUUCAGCGUGAAAUCCAGGAAAAGAGAGCGGAACUGUCGAGCAAGGAAGAGGCACUGCGCAGUUUGGAAGCUAGAUUAGCACAAGCUCAAUUGGCAGAUUAAAGACUACAAUAAUCAGUCAGGCAGUUAGCUUUCAUCUUUUUGAUGAGAUAAUCAUUUCUCCUGAUACAACCUCCACUCCUCCCCAACCUCACUAUCUCUCCCAUUUACAACCUCUUCCUUCUAUUAUAUCUUUAUAUUUUCCCUUUUUUUCUGGCGUUCGAAAUAGUAGCUUUAUAUCAUUUUAUUAUUAUUUAAAUAUCAUCUCUAUUUUACCUUC